GUUUUCAUUCCUCUUUCGUGUUUUUUUUUACGUGACAGUGUGUUUAUAAUUUUGUGAAUUUGUGGUGGAAUUUUUAACAAAGUUAAAUUAAAAAAAUAUCAUAUAAAAUGAAAACGGCUGGCAGACAUCCUAUAAUAAUAAGAAAUAUACAAACUAGUAAUGGAGUUGUACAAUACAAUAUCUAUGAUUUCUUGAAAGAAAUGAAAAAUAAGCCGGUAAUAUGGAACAGAAUGCAUAUUGAUCAUAAAAAUGGUGCAAUAUCUGAAGAAAAUUGGAAAAAAUUUGCCAAAAUUUUUGUACCAUUCCUUGAACAACUAGAUGAAGACGAAAAAACUCAGAUCAUUGAUGAGCUGAAAAAUUACUGGAAUCUUUUAAGAAAAGGCAUGAUGAAGUCUAUCUUGACCGCAAAGAAAGGCAAAAGUAAUCAAUGUCAUUAUUUACAUUAUAUGGAAUUCUUUCUUAAUUCAAAAAAGAAAUAUCUUAAAGAUUUUACUACUGAGAAAGAAUUACAACGCCUAGCAGAAAAUGAAAUUAAAUUUAGAGCUAUGGCAGGUUUACCGCCACCAGAAAAUACAAACAACAACAGAGCACGUGAAAAUAACAAGACCAACAAAUCCUCCAGCAGUAAAGAAACUAAAACUGAUGACAGUCCAAAACCCUCUGGCAGUAAAAGAGCCAUAGUGGAAUGUAGUCCUGAUGAUUUUAUAGAUCUAAUGUCAAUGUGUGAAACUACCAGCCAGCAAACAACAGAUGAUGAAGUAGCAGUUCAAAAUAAUGGAAUGGUUGGAACAUUUGAUUAUCAUCAACAGCAACAGAGUAAUAACAUUAGAAUGCAAAGAUUUGUCGAUGAAUCUGCAGCAAUAGCUUCAGCUGAUUUGACAGAUAAAGCGGAUGCCGCGAAUCAAGCUUUUUUUGAAUCUAUAAAACCCACUUUACGCAAUUUAAAUGAUUCGCAAAAAUUGGAAUUUAAAAUUCAAGUAUUGAAAACUUUAAAAAAAUAUAAAUUGUAUUAAUUUUUUUAUUUAAAA